AUGGUUUUGUACGCAGCUACAGGCCCGUCUUCAAACGACACUGUCGCUGCCUGGGCAAUGACAUGCGCGAGUUGGCCCGAUGGCCGCCCAGCAAUGGCCGUCAUGAAGUUUGCCCCUGAACACAUUCCAGCGAAGCAGCCUUUUGUGCGAAUCGCCGCACAUGAGAUAGCGCACGCACUCGGUUUCCACGACACCAUGUUUAAUGGACGCACAAUGUUGACCGUUGUGUCCAAGCUGCGAGGGAAAGCAACUGUCACGGUACUGACGUCUCCUUUGGCAGUUGAAAAAGCAAAGGAGCACUACAACUGCACAAGAGCCAUUGGCAUUGAACUGGAAGAUGAGGGUGAAACGGGGACAGCAGUGAUGCACUUUGAGCGGCGUAACGCAAGGGACGAGUUGAUGAGCCCAAUUGUAAGCACUGGCUAUUACACCGCACUGACGAUGGCUGUUUUUGAAGACACGGGUCACUAUCGCGCUAAUUGGGGGAUGGAGGAGCCGAUGAGUUGGGGUAGGGACGCCGGCUGUGAGUUCCUGGAGGAGAAGUGCGUCAAGGACGGUCACACGAAGUAUCCUGAUAUGUUCUGCACCGACGAGAAUCCUAAACUACUGCUCUGUACGCCUGACCGUCUCUCCUUGGGAGUUUGUAACGUGACAAAGUAUCCGGCCCCCGUGGAGGCGCAGUAUAGGUACUUUAACGAUGAAUUGAAGAGUGGCCCAGACGAUUGGCUGAUGGACUACUGUCCAAUAAUUCUGCGGCCUGGGGAGGCAUACUGGUGUGCUACUGGUGAUCAGAAUACGGUGCCGUCCAGCCGCUUCGGCGUGGAUUCAAUGUGUCUGAGAGGGGAAUCUUUGGUGAUGGACAAGAAGCCCGCCGGCGACGUGUGUGCACAGGUGCGGUGCCACAACAACAGGACUGUGGAGGUGCGGUACGCUGGUGACGAUGACUGGCACCCGUGCGCUGAGGGCAACAAGCUCAAGCCAACGAAGACGUUCACAGAAGGUUUUAUCGUGUGCCCAGAGUACGAUGAGGUGUGCACCAUCGCCCCUGACGGCAGCAGUCGUAUUACCAAAAGUAGUCGCCGAAAGGCAAGAAAAGAUGAAGGCACCGGCAGUUCGAAGGCGGGAGACGGUGCCACUGACAGCGAAAAAGCCAAUGUUGCCGAUGGCAGUGAUGUGGAUGUUGCUGCGACACAAAACCAAGGUCUCAUUGCCACUGUGAACGCAAUGGGACUGACCGACGCUGAUGGUAGUGAACAGGCAUUAUCGAGUGAUGGAGAUUCCACCGGCCAUCCACCAGAGUCGACCAGUGCCAGUGCCGGUGCCGGCAAUGUGCAUGCGAAGCAGAACAUCGAUGGCAGUGUAGAUGGGGGUGGCACUGGACAUACCGAAGAGGAAGAAAAGAGUGGUGGUCAUGCCUCGCCGCUAAUCGAUAUGUCAGUUGGCCAGAAUGUGUCCUUUGAGGACUUUGUUGUGGGAGAAAUCCCUGGUGGGAGGAGGGGCACCUCGGACAGCAGUACUUCCACUGUUCUCGUGCUGCCACUUCUGCUUCUGUUUGGUAUCACUUCAGCGGUAAUGGUCCCCUAA